UUUUGUAUUAUUUUACAUGUGUUUUGUGUUACGCUUUGGCGGCUGACCACUGGAUCCACACCAUCGACACAGACAUCGGGUGAUCUGAAGACAUGUCUACCACACAGACACUGACCACUCAAGUGACCAGAGUUGCCGUCAAGAAGCGCAAGACCAAGAAGUCGUACGAACGCUGGACAAUAAAGAGACCACCGAAGCUGUCCAGACCAAAGAAGAUCCAGCCGGUGAUCGGCGACGGCAAUACCAUUGCUGUGUGCGACCCGUCGGCCGCCAUCGAUGUCCACUUGUCUAUCAAUAAGUUAACGAACGGCUCUCACAACUCACCUGUGGAUCUG